AUGUCAGGUACGACUGUUCCAGUGGCUCCAGCACCACCACCAGCUCUAAUUACUCUUGUGUCUUCCGAUAAUAUAACUUUGUUGGUAAGGACAGUGAAGAAUAUGAGGGAGUUGGGGUGUGAAGCUUUUCUAGGUGAGCAGGAUGCAGAAAUUACGGGUAGGUGGCUACGGAAGGUAGAAAGCGUUAUGACUCAGAUGAGGGUACCUGAUGACUGGCAAGUGAGUUGUGCUACCCAGUUACUUUCAGAUAGAGCCCAAACAUGGUGGGAAGUCAUUCAAUCUCGAAGGACUACUAGAAUUUGUACUUGGGGCGAGUUUAGGAAACAGUUUGAGACCCAAUUUUUCUCUCCUUUCCAGUGCAGAAUAAAAGAACAGGAAUUUCUGGCAUUGAAACAGGGAAACAUGACAGUACUAGAUUAUAAGAGAAGAUUUCAUGACCUCUUUUUAUUUGCCCCACAGUUUGUUACCACUGAGCAACAGAUUAUUGACAGAUUACGGGAUGGAUUACGCCAGGAACUUAGACAAGGAUUGGUUGCUUUACGGUUUGAGUCCUCCAGAGAACUUAUUGAAGCAGCCCAUGCAUUAGAGGCGUGUAUGAGUGAGGGUCAGCAGGGUCAGGUUGGGUUUGGCAAGAGGAAGGACACUGAUCUUAUUCAGAGUAAACCUCUAUUUCCUAAGAAAGGGAAAUCUCAGUUUAGUCAGUUUAGAAGGAAGGAGGGGACAACAUCGGGAAUGGAGCAGAGUUCGGGUAUUGGGCCUAUUGGAAGCCAGUCAAGAGGACGGAGUGGAUCAUUUGGUUGGACUUCUGAUCAGAAGUCAAUUUCAUACCCUCAGUGUGUUCGAUGUGGCCAGAAACAUCAUGGGGACUAUUCGACUACGCCUGGAUGA